UCGUCGAUCAUUUAUUUCUUAUGUUCUUGUGAAUCUGCCCAACCAUAGACAGACGGGAGUCCAUUGAUAUCUUAGACAUUCACCUCUAUGCGUACCUCACGAACCUCAAAGGACGCGGCUAAGAUCCUGCAGGCUCUGUCGCCCCCUGCACAUCGUCAAACACGCAGCAGCUCCCGUGCCAAACUCCUUAAAGGCUUCGCAUAUAGUGGAAAUUUAAAGGAAGAGCAGCAAAGUAGCGAUGAUGACACAUCUUCUCUUUCGUCUGCCGAUACAGUCGAUAUUGAGGAUAUCCUUGAUCCACCACCAAAAAGGCGGAAAGGCAACAUUAGCGCGACUACGCGCAAUGUGAAUGGCUGCGUUUCUAUAAAAACCCGGGGGACAAAAAUCGACCCCCCCGUCAAAAAGGAACCGGCAAAGCAAAGAGCACGCCGAGUUCCCUCCCGAAAGAUAAAAAGCGAAGAUGGGUCUAUUACAGUUGAGCCACCUUCAGAUUGGGACUCCAUGUAUGCGAUAGUCAAAAAGAUGCGAGAAGACAAUCCAACAGCGCCCGUCGACACUAUGGGCUGUGCAGAGCUCCACUGGCGGGCAUCUUCGCCUCGGGAUCAACGCUUUCAAACCCUGGUCGCAUUGAUGCUAUCCUCUCAGACUAAAGACACUGUGACUGCGGUUGCCAUGCAGCGAUUGCAUACUGAGCUCGGGGAUGGCGAAGCCCCAAUUGCUGUCAAACCGGAACCAACAGAAGAUGACCAGAGCUCGCCAAAACCUGUAGUCAAGGAUAGCACCCUCAACCUAGAAAACAUUCUAGCUGUUGCUCCCGAACGACUCAAUCAGCUUAUCGGUACUGUUGGCUUUCACAACAACAAAACCAAGUAUAUCAAGGCCACCGCUGAAAUUAUUCGCGACCAGUACAAUUCCGACAUACCUUCCAGUGCCCCAGAGCUAAUGAAGCUGCCAGGUGUAGGCCCCAAGAUGGCUUUCCUGUGCAUGAGUGCGGCGUGGGGGAAGCAUGAAGGUAUCGGUGUCGAUGUGCAUGUCCAUCGAAUCACCAACCUCUGGGGUUGGCACAAGACAAAGAACCCUGAAGAAACACGCAUCUCCCUGGAGUCAUGGCUACCUGUCGGUAGAAGAUGCGGGGACUGUGAUCUUGCUGGGACAAGGCUCUGCAAGAGCGAAAUCAAAGGCAUGGCCGCGAAAAAUCCUCGAAACAUUGCAAAGAAGGAGGAAGCUGAAACAGAGACAUAUUCGACAUUCGACGAGGCCAAGAUCAAGAUUGAGAGGGAUUAAGUGCCUGGAGGGUCAGGCAGAACAGGGUUGGGGUGCGAGUUUGUUUCGGUUGCUUUGAUUGUUUUGAUGGCUUCUAUGGCGAUUUCCAGCGUUCUUCUUCGACUUGUAAUUAAUCUUUCUCCUUUCUCGUCUCCCACCUUCUCUACCAUUUACCUCGCCUAUGCUA